AUGCAAGAAUUCCGAUAUUGGGAUUCAGUUGAAACUCGCUUUAACUGUGAAUGGACAGCUUCAUACACGGACAGAAUUGACAUAGCGUCGUCCUUGGCCGGUCUAUCUCUGACUAGCACAAGCGACAGCAGAUGCCUCCACCCUCUCGGAGAGAAAGUGACGAAGAAGCCCCAAGUCGAACAGUACUUGAAAGAGCGACUUGACCACGUUAAGCAGGUGGAAAAAGAGGAACCUCACCGUCUCAUUGCCUUUACCCUAUGGGAGAAGGUUGACAAGAAGAAGACACUGGUAGCGGCCAGAUUCUUGAAGGCAGUGCCAGACGAUACAUUUCCGAAUGGUCUUGGGGAAGAUAAGAAGGACACCAUUGAGGAAAUCUUCCAAGACAAAAAUUUGUGA